AUGUGGAUCAAAUAUUGCAAAAGGCACAGUCCUCAGACUGUGCAGUGGAAAGGAGGUUUUCAAGUAUGGAAGGCUAUGGUAAAGGCUAGAGAUAAUAUAGAGCAAGAAAUAUGGUGGGAACCAAGGAGUGGAACUACAAAUGUAUGGUUUGAAAACUGGACAAAGCUAGGGGCACUAUAUCACAUUAUUCCAGAUGAUUUUGGAAUAGAUGAGGGUGUUCAAGAUGUAAAAGAACUUAUGUUGCAGGUUGGUUGGAAUAUAGGAAAAUUGCAGCAGUUGUUUCCUAUGGAUAUUGUGGAUCAUAUAUUGGAAGAGUUGCACUUUCAUGAACCAAAAGAUGAGUGGGAUAUGCCAAGAUGGAUGAUGACAGCAUCAGACAAGUUUACUGUAGGCACUACAUGGGAAUUACUGAGGAGUAAAGUAGUCAAGUUGUGGAAGUACAAAAUACCAGUUGGAGUGGUAGUAAGAAGGAUUGGGGUAGAUACUGAGGCAACCUGUUAUUGCUGCGAUCAUAGGCAAUAUGAAACUGUGGAUCAUUUGUUUGUUACAGGAAAUGUUGCCAUAAAAGUUUGGACUUAUGUUAAAACUGCUGUUGUCAUCACAGCACAGUUUCAACAAGUCAGGCAGCUCCUUCAAAUCUGGUGGAAUACAGAUUGUCCCUCAAAGUUCAGAACAAUUUUUAAAGCUAUUCCAAUGGUCACCAUGUGGCAGAUAUGGAAGUGGAGGAAUACAGUCCUACAUGGAGGGAGGAUGUCCAUCAACAAAGUGAUUUAUGAGAUAAACAUGGUCUUAUAUAAUUUGUGUAGAAUGAGGGGAAAUCCUGGACCAAGUUCUGUGGCCUUUUGUAUUAGAAAUGAAGUAGGUGAUUUCCAGUAUGCAGCAGCAAGAAGGAUAUCAGAUGGUUCAAAUUUGAUAGCAGAAGCAAGGGCACUACAUGAGGGGCUUAAGUACUGUGUUACACACAGUCUGUUACCAAUGGUGUUGGAAACAGAUUCAAUGACUAUGAAGAUGAUCUUAACUGGUCAGUGGGAGACUCCAUGGAGUAUAUCAAUGAUCAUAAAUGAUAUCUCAAGGUUGAGGAUGGAUAAGGAAGUAAGGGUGGAGCAUGUGCUGAGAGAAGGAAAUGGACUGGCUGAUUUUUUAACUAACUAUGCUUUUGAUUUUGCAGGUGAUCAUCGUUUUCAGAGUUUUACUUCACUUCCUGUGAAAGCAAGGAAAAUUCUAUAUACAGAGAAUUCACAUAUACCAUACAUGAGGAUCAGGCUUGCUAAGGACCAUUACAUCCCUGGAGAUUAA